AUGGGAUUUUUUGCGAAGCUCUCCAGCUCCCGCUUCUGCGGUGCUGUGCUCCUGGCCCUGACGUUGGGGCGAGUUUUGUACUCACCAUGCGUUCGCCGCCUUUUCCGCAACAUGACGCUGCCGGGCAUUCCUGAUGCCGUGGCGCCAAAGUAUGCAACCUGCUCAGACUCCGAUCUCGUCCAGGGCGUGAGUUUGGUGGUGACAGUUAAGGACACCUGCGCGCAAGCAGAGGAACUGCUGACGCACCUCUCCACCAUCUUCCCCAAGGACAUGCACGUCUACUACGCCUACCCCGCCAUCCGCGGCUGCCGCCACGUAGACACCCAGAGCGUCGGCAACAAGCUCUUCACGCAUUUCACUGAGGUAGCCGUCGGUGCGGCAGAUGCACCAAUUGCUGGCUUCCUGAAGGUGCAGCCCUUGCUGAAGACAAAAUAUGCUGUCCUGAUGCACAAUGACGCCUACCCCAUGGAGCGCGACUUUGCCUGCGAGCUUUUCCGGGCGCUGGAGGCGAACCCGCACUACCCCAUCGCAGCUCCGCAGAUCUACGAAGACUUCCAGGAGGGACCUCAAGUCGACUUCUUGGAGGACCACGCAUUCUUCGCGCGAUCCGAUAGGUACCACGAGCUCUUGGACCCUGCUGGAUCCUUCACCCUAGAGUAUAUGGACAUGAUCCUCAACAUGCGUGCGCGCAACACCUCCGCCUGGUACGUGCCAACCGCACGUUGCAUUUUUGACGUCGACACCAACAAGAUCACCUGGGAGGAUGUUCCGUACUUGGUGUACAAGCGCAGCGAGCAAAUUGGCCACCAGGUCCGCACCUACCUCACGAAGAAAUGGGGUGUGGAGUUUGUGAACACAGGCAUUUGGAACUACGUGCGCUACGUGAUGCUUGCCGAUGUGGUUAUCAAGAAGGAGUCCCUUCCCACGGACUGGAAGGAUCAGGCUGCCAUCUUCUACAGCUGGUUCGAAAGCGUCGGCUUCAACCGGUACAACGGCCAGUACCUGCCGGACUUCAUCGAAGAGCCAGCCCCUGGCACGGUGAACGUGUCACGCACCAUGAAGUGGACUUUGCCAACAGAUGUUCCAGAGCACCGCGUGCCCCCCCAGAGCGCGAUGAACAUCCUUCCCAAGUUGCAGCGCAAGAAGGUGGGCGCCAUCGACAUCUCCUUCAAGGACCCCCAUCUUCCCAUUGGAGUUACCCAACGCCGCUGCGAUGCCUCGCAGCCGCUGAGCUACAGGGAGUGCGGGCUUGUUGUGGAGGACAACGGCGAGUGCAAGUGUUUCACUUACAACGUGCCCUUCAAUCUCAAGACAACGCUGUACCUGGACAAGCUGAUGGCCUGGAUGAAACUUCCGGCUCGCGCAUUCAUGUACGGGCAGAUGAAGUAUUGGUCUGUGCCAAUCGCGCCUGAGCAGAUGGACUUCUUCUGCGACCGCACUCAAGAGGACUGCUCAUUCGAGGUGUCCUUCUCAGAGAAUGCCAAGGUGCUGCAGUGGUCGUGGUUCGGAGACCAGGAGAAGCAGAUGUUCACGCCAGAGGGCAUGGCAAUCGGCGCAGCAGUUGCACUGGCAAUCCUUUGCCCAAUCUUAAUGCCCAAGCUGUCCAAGAAGAAGGCGGACAAGUUUUCCGAAAAGAAGCUGAACUGA